AGAGAGACGGUAGUACGCUCAUCACCAGCAGCAAGACUCACCUCCGUAUCCGCGCACCUCAAACCAACCAUGUCCUCCCGACCCUUCAUCACAUGCCACGUCCUCGACACGAUCACAGGCAAACCCGGGCCCAACAUCGCAGUCAAGCUCAAGCUCGUAUCGCCAGCGCACCUCACAACCGCUCACUGGAAUGCCACGACCAACAGCGACGGCCGAGUCACGGGCUGGACAUCCCCCGCAGACAUUAAUGAAGUGGUCAAGAGCGCGAAAGGGACCUUGGCCGAUGGAGAGCAGAUGGUCUGGAGCUUGACCUUCGAGACGGAGGCGUACUUUGGGAAGGGCAAUACGUUCUGGCCGGAGGUCGAGCUGCGAUUCGCGGCGAAGAAGGAGGAAGAGCAUUAUCAUGUGCCGCUUUUGCUGGGACCGUGGAGUUAUACUACGUAUCGGGGAUCGUGA